AUGAAAUUCACAGCUACGGCCCUCGCCUUCAUCAGCGCUACCUCUCUGGUCACCGCCGCUCCUGUCAACGUCACCUCCACGAAGCUCCCCAUCAUGCCCAAAUGUGACCCCUGGACAGACAGCCACUGCUAUAUGCACGAGCAGUACGUAUCUCGUUUCUCCUGGCCCGGCAACGGGAUCCCAUCGCACAAUACAUCCAGUGCUGCCACCAACACAACUGCGAGCCAGCUUGGCACAGUCUUCUUCUGUCUCCCUCCAUUCCUCCUCCACCACCUCCACCUCCUGCAGCCAUGGCUGACAUCGCAGCCUGCGAUACCGCAGAAAGCAUGCAACCCCGCUGUGGACGGUACAGAAGGUUCGGUUGCACCGUUAAAGCCGAGUGGACAGGACCAGGAGUCAACAUCACGGAAGCUUACAGAGAUUAAGCAUGUCACGUUUCAGGACGCUCUUCGAAAGUGGGACUGGCGAAAUGGAAGUCAAAACACCCUUGGAGCACACAAGGCAAGCUCUGACAAGGCGAAGAAAGGGGGCGUUUGGAGGAAAGCCAGUACCUUUAGUCGUUUUGAGGGGCUGAGAGUAGCUGGUCAAUCGUACCGAGUACCUGGUUGGCGUGAAGAUUAUAUGCCUGACCGUUGGGCGGUGGCUGGCGUCAUCUUCGCUUUGACAUAUGCAGGAGUUGGAACAUCAGGUCGCCUCAUCGUGGACAGUGCGAACACCGAGUAA